GUGACGUCAGGCCUGAGCGGAAGUGUAACACGGUAUUCAUUGUGUGGAGGUGGGUGCUGUUAGCUGUUUAUCGUUACUGCGAAAAUGCCGGAGUUGGCGGUGGAAAACGUGGUCGUUCAUCCCUUGGUGUUGCUCAGCGUGGUUGACCAUUUCAACAGGAUAGGAAAAGUCGGCAACCAGAAACGAGUGGUCGGUGUCCUCCUUGGGUCAUGGCAGAAAAAAGUUCUUGAUGUUUCAAACAGUUUUGCAGUGCCGUUUGACGAGGAUGACAGGGAUGACUCCGUGUGGUUCCUGGAUCAUGACUACCUGGAGAACAUGUAUGGCAUGUUCAAAAAAGUGAAUGCCAGAGAAAGGAUAGUUGGAUGGUACCACACAGGUCCCAAGUUACACAAGAAUGACAUUGCUAUCAAUGAGCUCAUCAAGCAGUACUGUACCAAUUCGGUGUUAGUCAUUAUAGAUGUGAAGCCCAAAGAUCUUGGUCUACCCACAGAAGCAUACAUCUCUGUGGAGGAAAUACAUGACGAUGGCACUCCAACAUCUAAGACAUUUGAACAUGUCACCAGUGAGAUCGGAGCUGAGGAGGCAGAGGAAGUAGGUGUGGAGCACCUGCUCAGAGAUAUCAAAGACACAACAGUGGGUACUCUGUCGCAACGGAUCACAAAUCAGGUUCACGGCCUGAAGGGACUCAACUCCAAGCUGCUGGACAUUCGCUCUUACCUGGAGAGGGUGACGGCAGGAAAACUUCCCAUCAACCACCAGAUCAUCUACCAGCUGCAGGAUGUUUUCAACCUGCUGCCAGAUGUUAAUCUGCUGGAAUUCACAAAAGCCUUCUACCUUAAGACCAACGACCAGAUGCUGGUGGUCUACCUGGCCUCACUCAUACGUUCUGUUGUGGCUCUGCACAACCUGAUCAACAACAAGAUUUCCAACCGAGACGCAGAGAAAAAGGAGGGACAAGAAAAAGAGGAGGGAAAGAAAGAGAAGAAAGAUGACAAAGAGAAAAAAGAUGAGAAGGACAAAGACAAGGAGAAGGAGAAAGCGGAUGGUGCCAAGAAAGAUGAGAAGAAGAAAAAAUGAGCGCUCUACCUUCAAGGUCUUUUCUCAGAUUACACAGUCUUCCUUUGGAUGGUGUUCUACUUUUCGCCUGCAGCCACCGAUCACUAUGUGGGUCUCAGGCUAAAAGUAGGACUCUAUAUGGGGAAGUCUGUCAUUUGAGAUUUGGACUCCUUGUCAAUUGGCACUCAUAAAGACUGUUAUUAUCAUACAGAGAUAAAGAUGUUCGCGUCUUUGACAUUCUGAACUAUGAGAAUAUUUUUAUUCUGUUUUCAUGGUUGCCAUGCUCCUUGUGUGGUACAACAUCUGAUAUUGCUUUUUUGUAAUAUGGAAAAAUAUGUUUCUGUUUCUGUAUCAUUAAUUAAACUGGGAAUCCUAUUAUAAACA